AUGAGAACCACUUAUCUUCCCACAGGAAUCUUCUUCAUCUUGCCAUGCAUUGAGUCCUACAGCAAGGUUGACUUGCGGACCAGUGUGUUUGAUGUACCGCCCCAAGAGGUGCUGACGAAGGACUCCGUGACGGUGAGCGUGGACGCCGUCGUCUACUACCGUGUGAGCAACGCGACCGUGAGCGUGGCCAACGUGGAGAACGCCCACCACUCGACGCGGCUCCUCGCCCAAACCACCCUCAGGAACAUGCUCGGAACGAAGAACCUGCACGAGAUCCUGGGCGACCGUGAGUCCAUCUCGAGCGACAUGCAGGGAGUGUUAGAUGAUGCCACAGAGAACUGGGGCAUUAAAGUGGAAAGGGUUGAAAUAAAAGACGUCCGACUGCCUGUCCAACUGCAGAGGGCGAUGGCCGCCGAGGCUGAAGCAGCUAGAGAGGCCAGAGCUAAGGUUAUCGCUGCCGAAGGAGAGCAGAAGGCCUCUCGCGCCCUCAAGGAAGCUGCCGAGGUCAUCUCUCUCUCGCCGGCCGCCCUCCAGCUACGAUAUCUUCAGACGCUAAACACAAUUUCAGCCGAGAAAAAUUCCACCAUCAUCUUCCCGCUCCCCAUAGACUUCUUACAACAUUUCUUCAACAACAAAGAGUGACCGGGAGGUGGUGCUUCUGCGGCCGCCGGGAUAGAGAGCGCCCCAACCCAUGCCUGUUUCUGAAACGUUUUUAUACAGCUCUAUAAAUAAAGCUCAUAGACAGUUGCCUAUACAUUAGCGAUUAUAGAUUAGCUCAUAACAAAAUAAAAAAUAAAAAAGAAUAUAUUAUAUGAUGAAUUCACAGUAGUAGAUUCGUUGUUUGGGGGGAAAUCUUGAGGGCUGGAUUAUGGUAGAUACCUUGGUCAGGUUAGACAAAACGGGGAGAUUAUGUAUCGGUGAGUGAAAAACAGAGCUACCAUUACUUCACAUGUAUUCAUUCUUGUUUUAUUCACAUAUUAUAGACUGGCUGUCCUUA